CUUUCUCUCUUCUGUCUGUCUGUCUCUGUCUCUCUCUCUCUUCUGUCUGUCUCUGUGUAUCUCUUUUCUGUCUGUCUGUCUCUGUGUUUGUCUUUCUCUCUUCUGUCUGUCUCUGUCUCUCUCUCUUCUGUCUCUGUGUGUCUCUCUCUUCUGUCUGUCUGUCUCUGUGUUUGUCUUUCUCUCUUCUGUCUGUCUCUCUUCUGUCUGUCUCUGUGUGUCUCUCUCUUCUGUCUGUCUCUGUCUCUUUUCUGUCUGUCUGUCUCUGUGUGUCUCUCUCUUCUGUCUGUCUCUGUCUCUUUUCUGUCUGUCUCUGUGUGUCUCUCUCUUCUGUCUGUCUCUGUGUCUCUCUAUCUCUCUUUCUGUCUCUGUCUCUCUCUUCUGUCUGUCUCUCCGUGUCUCUUUCAUCUGUCUCUGUGUGUCUCUUUCAUCUCUCUCUCUAUCUCUCUCUUCUGUCUGUCUGUCUCUAUCUCUUUCUCUCUUCUGUCUGCCUCUGUGUGUCUCUCUCUUCUGUCUGUCUGUCUCUGUGUGUCUCUUUCUCUCUUCUGUCUAUCUCUGUGUGUCUCUCUCUUCUGUCUGUCUCUGUGUGUCUCUCUCUUCUGUCUGUCUGUCUCUGUGUGUCUCUGUCUCUCUCUUCUGUCUAUCUCUGUGUGUCUCUCUCUUCUGUCUGUCUUUGUGUCUCUCCUUCUAUCUCUCUGUCUGUAUCUGUGUAUCUCUCUCUUCUGUCUGUCUCUGUGUCUCUCUAUCUCUCUUCUCUCUUCUGUCUGUCUUUGUGUGUCUCUUUCUUUCUUCUGUCUCUCUUCUCUCUGUCUCUAUGUGUCUCUUUUUCUCUUCUGUCUGUCUCUGUGGCUCUCUAUCUCUCUUUCUCUGUCUGUCUCUGUCUCUCUCUCUUCUGUGUCUCUGUGUGUCUUUUUCUCUUCUGUCUGUCUUUGUGUUUCUUUCUUUCUUCUGUCUCUCUUCUCUCUGUCUGUGUGUGUCUCUUUCUGUCUGUCUGUCUCUGUGUCUCUAUCUCUCUUUCUCUGUCCGUCUGUCUCUGUCUGUCACAUCCCCACCCCGACCCCGGCCCAUUUCCCAGAAGCGCACAGCCUCUCAUUCUCCACUUGGCCUUCAUUUUUUGCAGGUGGGAGGUGGGGGGGGGGGGAACCCGGGGCCAGCCCCUCCCUGAGCACCCCACAGGACACCCAGCAGGCCCCAGGCCAGGCUGGAAAUCCGCAUUUCCAUGUGGGGAGAUUAAAAAUAAACAAACACGGCAAGGAACAAAAGCCCAGCUGGGGGUGCAGGGGAUGGGCCGGGCGGGGAGGGGGAGGAGCACCUGCCGCAGGGGCGGCUCUCAGGCUCCCCGACCACUCUGCCUCCGCCCGGGCAGCGGCCCUUCUCCCUUCUCGGGCUCCCCGACGGCCUUUGUUCUCCCGCCAGCAUCUGCAUGCGGAGCAGGCUCCCCCAGAGCCCCGGGAAAUGCAAGUGCGGGAAUGGAGCUCGCGGGGAGAAGAGAGGGAGGGGAAGGAGCGGGAGGGGAGGGGGAAGAAAAGGGGAGGGGAGGAGAGAAAAAGGGUGGGGAGGGGGGAGAGGAGCGGAGGGAGGCCAGGGCAGGGGCCCAGAGCGGCCCCUCUCCCUCCCAAAGCAGGCAGGGGCUUCCGGGCGGUGCGGGCCAGGCCCCAGAGCCGCAGCCCAAGGCCCGGUCCCCAAAGCCCGGGAAGCGCUCUGGCGCUGGCCCGGGGCCUCCGAGGGCGCCCCCCGGGGCCUGCGAGGUCACCCCCUCCCGGCGCCCAGCCGAGCGCGCCAGCAGCCUGCACCCACGUAGCAGAUUAAAAUUAGGCACCCUGGUUAUUAAACUGUCAGGGUGGAGGGGAUGGCGCGGGCGCGGCCGGGAGGAUUCGCCUUCAUUCCGUGCUGCUCCGCGGCCUGUUCCGUCAUCAGCGGCCCUUUACCCACCGCACACACCGUUGCACUGCGCCAGCGGCUCGGUGCCAGGGGAAGGAAGGAGCUGCCCCCGGGCCAGAGCUUGGGGCCUGGGGGGGGGGGCAGAAAGGCGCCCCCCGGCGGCUCCUCUCGCAGGGAGGAAGGAGGCCCCACCAAGGCUCGGGAGCUCGAGGGACCUCGGUCCGGAGGAAUCCUCCCAGGUCGGGGCGGACGUGGUCGGGGGGGAGCGCUUCUGGGGGAGGUCAGACGGGGACACGCACACGCGCGUGCAAACGUACACACUGGGGGGCACACCCCGCCCGCGGGGCCUGGUCCGGCCACGAUGACGCCCCAAGGUUAGGUCAUUUCUCCCAGUUCUAGCCCGGCCAGGGGCGGUGAGAGGGUGGGUGAGAUCUCCAUGACACUAAGAUGUCCUCCUGCCCAAUGCAGGACAUAGAACACAAGGUCCCACAUAAAGAAAACAUGGCCAGGGAGAGGCUUAAUAACUGUCAUUUGUAAUGUAAACUGAGGAAGAGGCCUGCUCUGGGCCACCGAGAUUAACGUCCAACCCGAGUCCCAAGCCUGCAGUGCGGCAAUGGAAGCGCCCAGAGGCCGGCGCGGGAGCACCCAGAGGCCGGCGCGGGGGCGCCCAGAGGCCGGCGCGGGGGCGCCCAGAGGCCGGCCCAGAGGCCGGCGCGGGGGCGCCCAGAGGUCAGUACAAGAGUACCCGCAGGUUGGCCCGGAAGCCCCCAGAGUCCGGCACUGUUGCCUCUUUUCCUCUUUAUCACCCACAGCAAUGGCAGGCAGGCAGCAGGCACCUAAUAAAUGCUUGGGGGCGCUCACUUCUUCCUCUCAGAAAGCUCAUUCUAUACUGCAUCGGGAGCAGUUCUAGAGACACCUGGACCGAUUGCCCUCCGGCCCCGAGCCUCCUAAGAGUGGGAGUCCCUCUGCUCCUGUUCCUGCUUCCGAGAGCCAGAAAAGCCUCGAUCUGGGAGGGGAGGCGGCGACACUGAAGAGACAAAGAACACAGGAGAGCUGCCGAGGGAAGAGGGGUUAGGGACACAGACAGGCAGGGCAGGAUCCGUUCAAUGGAGAAUCUUAGGGUAACCUGACACAUCGCCCUUUCACACUCACUGUUCUCGGCUCGUCCAUGUGGAUGUCCAAAAUAAAAGGGUAAAAGAAAAUGUGAACAGGCAAAUGGGAGCCGCCCCGGCCUCCAGUCUAUAAAUCCACAGGCCCCAGCGCCCAGGCGAGCCUCCUCUCCGCCCCUUCCCCCACUCCAGAUCAGCACCUGGGCCAGGGGCCCCAGCGCACACAAUGCCUCAGCCUCCUUCCCUUCCAUCCUUAAAAUCCCUGGAUGUUCCCUGCCGCCCGCCCUCCCCGAGGACUGAAGCCUUGGUCCAGAUCUGGACUCCUUUUAUCAUGGGCUUCUCUGUCUCCCUCCACUCGGCCUCGGCGGCGGCCCCGUUUCCUCCAGCCUCUCUAGCAUGCCAGCUCUCCUUGCCUCCAGAUCCAGGCUGGCCACCAGGCCCGGACUUUCGCUCCUCUCCCGCCAACACACCCCUGUGCUCUCAGACUUCCACCGUGGCUCGCCCCGACGAUGGGUCUCUCUGGGCAGCUUUGCUCCCCCGGAAAAUGUCACAAAAAGUACUUUCCCAGGCAAGGAAUUGGAGCUUCCUCACUUUCGGCUGGGCCCUCCCUACCGUGGAGCAGUCUGGCUCCUUUCCCCUUCGGGUGUUCAGAAGUUUGAGCCCAACAUUCAAAGCCCCGCCCAAGAGCCAGGUCAUGCAAACAAUACAGACGGGGUGGGCUCAAAGGGAAGGGACCGAGAAUCUGGAAAGGCUUCUCCUAGAAAGCGGCUUUGGGGCCAAAACUCGAGAGGGCCAUAAAGACGGGGGGGGGGGGGGGGGGGCGGCCAGAGAAAAUGCUGAUGUCAGGAGAUAAUAGUGUCUCGGCAAGCAACAGCCGGGAGGCCAGUGUCACCAGAGAACACGACAAGAUGUGAGGUGUAGGAAGCUGCGGGUGCAAGGAGGGAGGCGUGCUGAGAAAGGCUUUACGCUUUUGAACAAGUGUUUGACAUGGGAUCUUGGGGUCAACAGGGAGCCACCAGAGUUUAUCGAGUAAGAGGAUGUUAUGAUCAGACUUGGGUUUCGGGACAGUCACUUUGGUGGACAAUUAAAACUGGGCGAAAGACUCCCUCCCAGAAGUGCGGUAACAGCCCAAGAGGGAGGGGUCGGAGGCUGAAUUCAGAAGUUGCAGAGGUGAAACUGAUGAUAGUUCAGAGGUGAAACUGAUAAGAGAUAGUGCUGAGGUGAAAUUGAUAAGAGCCGGUGCUGAGGUGAAAUUGAUAAGAGCCGGUGCUGAGGUGAAACUGAUAAGAUGAUACACAGGAGAAACUGAUGAAAGAUGAGAUGAAAUUGACAGGCCUUGGCGGCAAUCUGGAUGUGGAAGGGGACUAAGAGCAGUCAGGGCUACUAUAGGGGUGAACGGGAGGAGGGGAGAGAGGUUGGGGCUGAAUAAAUGGAUGCAAGGGUCUUCAGAAGAGACAAGAUGCGCACCUCAUGUUUCCAACCUUCUCUCACCCAACUCUCUUCCCCAGGCUUGACCCUCUCACUGGGCUGAUCACAGCUCUCUACUCUCGCGCCGCCAUCCGUUUCCAGAUCUGGGACUGAUGAUGCCGACAAGGAAGGCCGGUGAAAGCUGGGUACACUUGUAGCAGAGAAAACUUCUGUAAACGCUUCCUGACGAUCCAGCGUCUUCCCAAACUUGGCUCAGGUAGGUCUCUCACAGGAAGCCACAAGGCAGGACCCACACCUCCCUUAUGCCCUCAGGCAAGCCCUAUUAUUUCAUGGCCCCAUCACCUGGAUGGAAGCCACAGGCCUCUACCCUAUGUCCAGCUCCAUCCCAAGCUGGAGGUGCCCCGAGAUGUAAGCUGCGGGCAUGUGGGGCUGCUUCUAUGCUCGUAGCCCAGAGCCUGACCCGUAGCCCCCAAUGAAGAACCCCGCUGGAUUGACUAACAUCCUCUAUCACAAAGCUC